AUGGCAUGGCGGGCGGUAAAGGUUGUGGGGCUACAAGAUGCAGAAAAGAAAACAUCCCAGACCCUGUGCGAGAUCGCGAGUACGUACUUAUGGGGUUGGUCGGCUUUGGGCCUUGGCCUUGUGUUCGAGGAUCUGUCGUGCUUUGGCUCCCAAAAGGAACCACAUAGAUCAAACAUUAUGGUAUCACCACUAAACGCCGAACCGAUUUGGGAGGGGGGAAACGAAUGGUUGCGUCGUAUUGCGGUGCUGAGAGGCCGUAUCCGUGUCCACGUCGCUGUCGACUCAUCGCUAUGCUAUGCGAGAGCGACGUCCCGGGUGGCCGGAGACAUCUCGCGCAAUUUCAUCGAGUAUGAAUCAUCGGCAAGAUGCCGCGCCAAGGAGUCGAUCGUUUGGAUUGAUGAACCAUCAGUGAUGAGCCAUCAGAUCUGCCAGGACAGGGCGCUGUUGCUUACCGAGAAGGCCUUCGGAUUGUGCUACAAAUGUUAG